AUGGCAGAAUCAUCACGGAGAAUGAAAAGUAAAGAAUCAAAGGCGACAAAGAAGACAAAGUUGAGAUACGUACGUGAUGAAGAAGAGUCUGAUGAUGAUCGUCUUGACUUAGGAUUGUUGGAUGUUGAACCAGAUAACUUCAAUCCUACAUCUAACUUGUGUGACGACCCUUUUCUUAACAUUUUAUGUGAUGAUAAAAUGUUAAAGAAUAAUCAGUUUGAAGGGGACGAUGAAGCUGAUGUUGAAGACAUUCACCAGGAAGAGCUUGAGCAUGAACACCUUGAAGAUGAAAAUGGCUUGGAAGUGGGUGUCGAGUUCAGGGUGCACGAUCCUACCGUCAAGUGGAACCAAAUGAAGCCUACAGUUGGUGAGUUAUAUGAGUCUCCUGCUCAGUUAAGGUUUGCACUCACUAACUAUGCUGUAGCUAAUGGAUACCAACUUUGGUUCAUGAAAAGUGAUAAAAGCAGGAUAAAAUCUAUGGUUGAAACACAUCUUUGUGCAAGGAAUUAUAAUUUUGGACAUUUGGUUAGUUGUAAUUGGUUAGCAAAACACUACAUUAAGGACAUAAUUAGGAAGCCCAAAAUGACACUACCUGAGAUGAUGGAGGAUGUCCUUACAAAAUAUUCAGUGAAAGUGUCAAAGGGGCAAUGUCAUAGAGCAAGGGUAAGGGCAAGGGAGAUGAUAGAAGGUAAACUGGAGGAACACUAUGCUAAGAUAUGGGAUUAUGCCAACGAAAUCCUUAGAUCUAACCCUGGAAGGUGCAGACGUGUGAUUGGCUUAGAUGGAUGUUUCCUAAAGGGACAAAUCAAAGGGGAGAUUUUGACUGCUAUUGGAAGAGAUGCUAACAACCACGUGUAUCCAAUUGCAUGGGCUGUAGUAAAUGUAGAGAACAAAGAAAAUUGGACUUGGUUUUUACAGUUGUUGGUUGAUGACUUGGGUGUUGAGGAUGGAAGGGGUCUAGUUGUUAUUUCAGAUCAACACAAGGGACUUCUAGAAUCUGUGAAAGCUAUCCUUCCACAUGUUGAACACAGGCAGUGUGCACGACACAUUUAUGCCAACUUCAGGAAGAGGCAUACAGGAAGGCCAAGGAGGGGUGGAAAUGGUAUAACAAACAAGGAUGGAGAGGGAACUUCAAAACAAAAGGCAGUUAAGCUUGUAGUGAAAAGAAAGAAGAAGAUAAAGAAGGCUGGAGAAGGAUCCUCAAACCAGGAUGGCCAAGGUGGGGUUGAAACUGCAAACGAUGCAACUGUGCAAGAAGAAAAUGGAACUGUACAGGAAACUGCACCCAAAAUUGUGAAUGAUGCAGAUGCUAUUUCUGAUGAAAUUGAUGUAUUGUUGCAAAAAUGUGGUUAUGAACCUCAUGAGAUUGAACAGGCUAUAGAAAACUUGGAAAUGGGUGUAGAUGCUAAUGAGAUUGAAGAGGUUGUUAAUGAGAUUGAAGAGAACUUGCUUGAAGAAAACUUGGAAAUGGGUGUAGAUGCUAAUGAGAUUGAAGAUCACUUGGAAGCAGACUUAGAAGAGGAUGUUAAUGAGAUUGAAGAUAACUUGCUUGAAGAAAACUUGGAAAUGGGUGUAGAUGUUAAUGAGAUUGUGCCACUAGUGCAAGAAGUUGCUAUACAAGGUUUAGAUGCUAAUGCUUGGGUUGGUGAAGAUGAUGGGAAUAUUGACUUCAUUGAAGAUACACAAGUUGUUGGGAGGCCUAGGAAAAGGAAGAUUUCUGAGAGAAUUGUGAAAUCAAGCUGAAGAAAGCAGUUUAUGAUAAGGAUGGAAGGGGUUCUAGUAUUAAGAAACCAGUUAAUUGGAGUAGGACUAUUUAG